AUGGCAUUGCCAAGGUUUCUAGUGCUGAAAUCAAACUAUAACAACAAAUACUUGCGCUACAUAAAUGAAGAUGUGCAAGUGCAUGGGUUUGUCCAAUUCUCCGGAGAGGAGGUUGUGAGCCCGUACGUAAAGUUUCAGGUGGAGUUGGCAAAGAGUGGAAGUGGAAAUCUGGUGCACAUAAGGUGUUGUUACGACAACAAAUACUUGGUAAGGUGGUCAGCCAAUCACUGGUGGAUUGUUGCUGGGGCUGACGAACCAAAUGAAGACCAAUCCACAUGGUCAUGUACUUUGUUCGAGCCCAUCUACGUACAGGGCACCGCUAGUGAUGGUGAUGCUCAAACACUCCGAUUUCGCCAUGUCCAGCUCGGUCACUAUGCAUGCUUAUGGAGAGCUGCACCCCCACAUUAUGCCUGCUUAUUUGCAGGUUCCGCAGAUAUUGACAAAGAUGGUUGCGAUGUCUACACAAUCAUCGAUUGGGAAUCGCUGUUGAUAUUGCCCAAACACGUCGCCUUCAAGGGCGAUAAUGGCAGCUACCUUAGCGCCCGCAUGAUCGAGGGACACCCAUAUCUGCAGUUCGCAUCCAGUGACAUUGGAGAUGAAACGGUUGGGAACGAGGUUUUCACCACUAAUGGUGGGAGCAUUCGCAUAAAGUCCGAUUUCUUCGGAAAGUUCUGGAGGCGCAGCCCUAAUUGGAUCUGGGCCGACUCAGAUGACACCACCAGCAACAACUCCGACACGUUGUUUUGGCCUAUCAAAGUGGAGGACAACAUCAUCGCUCUCCGCAACUUAGGUAACAACAAUUUCUGCAAGAGACUCACCACCGAGGGAAAGACCAGUUGUCUCAAUGCCGCUGUCAGAACUAUAACCACAGAGGCACGCCUGCAGCUCUACGAGACUGUUCUCUCCAGGAGAAUCUAUAAUGUCAAUUUCCGACUCAUGGACGCUAGGAUCUACAACCAGAAUGUUCUCACGAUGGCCAAUGGAGAUGCCAUUAAUAGUACCCAAGAACCCAACACUAUAGAUAUGAAGCUCUCAUAUACAGACACUAGGACCAGUACUUGGAAUGCCAGCGUCUCCGUGAAAUUGGGGGUCAAAACCACCUUCCAAACUGGUGUCCCAUUCAUUGCAGAGGGAAAAAUCGAAGUUUCUGCUGAGAUUAACUCUGCGUACGAGUGGGGAGAAACUAUUACAUCAACAAGUGUAGUAGAGACUGUGUACAAGGUUACUGUGCCGCCAAUGACUAGGGUGAAAGUGAGUUUGCUAGCCACAAGGGGUUCCUGCGACGUGCCUUUCUCUUAUACUCAACAAGACACUCUUACUAACGGGAAGCAAAUUACCUACAACAUGGACGAUGGCGUUUACACUGGCAUCAAUUGCUUCAACUUCAAGUACGAGACCCGACAAGAAAAGCUCUGA